AUGCCAGAUUACUUGGUCCCUCUAAUGGGCAGAGACCUUUUAGCCAAAAUUGGGGCAGAAAUCACCUUUGCCCCAGAUGGCUCAGCACAAUUGCGCUUAGGUGAGAAGACCUCUCCAAUGAUCCUGUUUUUAGCAGUGCCUAGGGAGGAAGAAUGGAGACUUAAUACCUCCCAAUCAAAGGACUCACCAUUAGAGCCUGAACUAAAGAAGGAAUUCCCGCUGAGACUUCGUAAGCGGUGUCAGUCUCCAUGGAACACCCCUCUCUUAUCUGUUAAGAACCCUGGGACCAAUGAUUACCAGCCAGUACAAGCCCUGCGGGCUGUUAAUGAGGCUGUUAUAACCCUGAAGUUGGCGCUGCUGAAUCCAUACAUCCUCCUGGGACUCAUUCUGUCAAAAGCGGAAUGGUUUAAAUGUCUAGAUCUAAAAGAUGCCUUUUUCUGCCUUCAGCUGGCACCCUCCAGUCAGCCUCUGUUUGCCUUCGAGUGGGAAAACCCAACCACAGGGGCUCAGGAACAGUUCACCUGGACCAGACUGCCACAAGGGUUCAAGAACUCCCCAACUCUUCUUAGUGGAGCACUAGCAGCAGAUUUGUCCAAAUUUCCAGGACUGGAUGUGGGGUGCAUUCUCCAAUAUGUAGGCGACCUUCUACUGGCUAGCUCCACGCAAACUCAGUGUUGGGAAGGAACACAAACCCUUCUAAGACUUUUAACUGAAACAGGUUACCGAGUGUCCAAAAGGAAGGCUCAGAUCUGUCAGAUGGAAGUCAAAUAGCUGGGUUUCCAAAUUAGCCAAGGGAAACAAAGACUAGGGACUGAAAGAAAACAGGCAGAAAGGGUGCUCCUGACGGCUGGAGGAAAAGGAAUCAAAAAUCAGAAUGAGACCUUGAAGUUACUAGAAGCAGUCUGGGAGCCCAAGGAAGUGGCAGUCAUCCAUUGUAGAGGACACCAAAAAGGAAAAGACUCAGUGUCAGAAGGGAACCGUUGCACAGGCGCAGCGGCAAGGCUAGGUGCUAAGGAGCGGGCAGCACCAUCGCAGAUCAUGCUGGUUCCUGAUUUACCUGAAUUUCCAAAAUACACCCCUCAAGAAGAAGAAUGGGCCCAACGAGAAGAGAGUAAAAGGACGAAGGAAGGUCUGAACACCUGGACCCACCACUCCCGGGUGAAAGCAGCCCAUCAGCUGGACAAUCAGCAUCCAGAGUGGAAGGGGACCUCUGACCUGAACCACCCCCUGUGGAUCAUCUUCAAGAAGAUGGUGGAUCCAGCUGACCGACCUGAAUCUCCUUAUCCCCUCCUAUCUGGAUAA